GUGUCGUGCUCGCCUCGUUCCACGGUACAAGGAACUGUGCUUCGCUUUUGUUGCAGUUUGUAAAACAACGUCGGCUCGGUCGCCGCUCGGCGUGAUGUGACCUGUUGAUUUAUUAAUCAGUGUUUUAGUGCUGUUGUCUGUGAUAAGAAUGACCUGAUGCAUGGAAUAUGUGUUUAGUGUUUUGCAAGUGUGCAGUGUAAAAUGGGUUUGAUUACAUCGCGAGAGCAAACAAUGUUGGACGGGCCGGCAGUAGGGCCAGCCAAGAGUCACCAUGUGCGGCAGGCGUCGACUAGGAACCGCACCAAACCGCCGAUGCCAGACAGAGAUGAGCUGGAGAACCGUUUCGUUAAAGUUCUGGCAUCAAUGGACCUCCCGCCCGACAAGGCGAAACUGCUCCGCAACUAUGAUCUGGAGAAGAAAUGGGAAAUCAUCUGCGACCAGGACAUGGUCCAAGCUAAGGAUUCACCCACGCACUACCUCAACAAGCUCAGGACGUACCUCGACCCGAAGGCAUCCAGGAGUCACAGGAAACGGAAAAUGGUCGGCGACUCCACGUCUACACAAGUUCUUAGGGAUCUGGAAAUAUCACUCCGAACUAAUCACAUAGAAUGGGUCCGGGAGUUCCUGAACGAACAGAACCAGGGUCUGGACGUGCUGAUCGACUACCUCAGCUUCCGGCUCAGCAUGAUGCGUCACGAGCAGAGGAUAGCGCUCGCUCGGAGCCAGUCCAGCGAUGGCAUCAACCAGGGUGCAAACACAACGACCUCCGACUGCAGCGCGCCAACUGACAACAGCUCCACACUGAACGCAUCGUGGCGACGCCGCGCGCGCUCCACCGACGCCGAGUGCGAAGGCGCGGCCAGCCCCGCCGUCGCGCGGCGGCGGACCAGGCAUGCCGCACGCCUUAACAUGGGCGCCUCUACUGACGAUAUACAUGUGUGCAUCAUGUGUAUGCGCGCUAUCAUGAACAACAAGUACGGCUUCAACAUGGUAAUCCAACACCGAGAAGCCAUCAACAGCAUAGCCCUCUCUCUCGUCCACCAUUCGCUACGCACGAAAGCGCUGGUACUGGAGCUUCUCGCCGCCAUAUGCCUCGUGAAGGGCGGACACCAGAUCAUAUUGUCGGCGUUCGACAACUUCAAGGAGGUCGCCGGCGAGCCGCGGAGGUUCCACACGCUCAUGGACUACUUUAUGAACUAUGAACAGUUUCAUAUUGAGUUUAUGGUGGCGUGCAUGCAGUUCGUGAACAUCAUAGUGCAUUCCGUGGAGGACAUGAACUUCAGAGUGCACUUACAGUACGAGUUCACUUCGCUCAAGUUGGACGACUAUCUGGAGAGGUUACGGAUGUGCGAGAGUGAAGAUCUGCAGGUUCAAAUAUCGGCAUACCUCGACAACGUUUUCGACGUGGCCGCCCUCAUGGAAGACAGCGAGACCAAAACGGCGGCGCUUGAAAAGGUCAACGAACUGGAAGACGAGUUGGGACACGCCCACGAGCGGCUGGCAGCGCUCGAGCGAGAGGCGAUAGCGAAGUUGGCUUCGCUGGAGUCCGAGCUGGCCGGCGUGCGCCAGGAGCGCGACCAGCUGGCCGAGGCGCGCCGCCAGGUGGUGGAGGAGGUUUCAACGCUAAGACGGGCACAGCAGGACUCCAGAAAUAGGCAGUCUAUGCUGGAGUCGAAGGUUCAGGAGCUGGAAUCCUUGACCAAGUCGCUGCCCAGAGGAGCAUCUAUGGGCGCUAUAUCCUCCCACGCUCUCUGCAACGGUACGAACGGUACCAACGGCACCAACGGCACCACGAACGGCCCCCCCAGCCCCAACGGCCCCCCCUCCCCCCUCCCGAACGGCUUCAGCAAGCCGCCGCCCCCGCCCCCCGCGCCGCGCCCGCCGCCGGCCCCGGUCGCCCCCCCUCCGCCGCCCCCACCACCGCUAGUGCCGUGUGCGCCGCCCCCUCCGCCCGCACCCGGGCUAAUGAUGCCGCCGCAACACACGGACGCCAUGACGAUAAAGAGGAAGGUUGACACCAAGUAUAAGCUGCCUACGCUGAACUGGAUAGCUUUGAAACCCAACCAGGUUCGAGGCACAAUAUUCAACGAGCUAGACGAAGAGCGGCCUAGAAACAGGAUAAACUUCUCAGAGUUCGAGGAGAAGUUCCGCAUCGGUGGCCCCUGCGGCCUGGGAGUGGACUCGUGUGAUAACGAUACGCUGGCGUCCUUCCCCAGCAAGAGGUUUAGGAGGCCGGACACUGUGUCGCUACUUGAACACACACGGUUAAGGAAUAUAGCAAUAUCCCGAAGAAAACUCGACAUACCUGUCGAGAAAGUAAUCCUAGCGGUCAACAACCUCGACCUCAAACAACUGCCUCUAGAAAGCGUCGAAAUCCUCCAACGGAUGGUGCCCACCGAAGCCGAACAGAAGGCCUACAAAGAAUACUUAGCUGAGAAGAAAAAUAUCAGCUUACUAACGGAGGAAGAUAAAUUCCUUAUGCAAUUAGCUAAAGUAGAAAGGAUAUCCGCUAAAUUAUCAAUCAUGAGUUACAUGGGCAAUUUCUUCGAUAACAUUCAUUUGAUAACGCCUCAAAUCCAUGCGAUAAUCUCAGGGUCUUCCUCAGUCAAAUCCUCUCAGAAACUAAGAAAUGUCCUAGAGAUAAUCCUCGCUUUCGGUAACUACUUGAACAGUAGCAAGCGAGGUCCAGCCUACGGGUUCAAGUUGCAGUCUUUGGACACGCUAAUGGAUACUAAGUCGACGGAUAAGAGGAUAUCGCUGCUGCAUUAUAUCGUUGGCACGAUCAGACAGAACUUCCCGGAGCUGAUGAAUUUUGAUUCGGAGUUGAUGUAUAUUGACAAGGCUGCUCAAGUGUCUCUGGAAAACGUGGUCUCCGACGUAACAGAGCUGGAGCGCGGCAUGGAGGCCGUGCGGCGCGAGUGCGAGGCGCGCGAGGCGCACCGCGCCGCCGCGCCGCACGUGCGCGACUUCCUCAACAACGCGCACGACAAGCUGCGCCGCACCCGCACCGAGGCCAAGCUGGCGCAGGACGCGUUCGCGGCGUGCGUGGAGUACUUCGGCGAGGCGCCGCGCGGCGUGGACGCCAACGCUUUCUUCUCGCUGCUCGUGCGGUUCACGAGGGCGUUCAAGCAAGCAGACACAGAGAACGAGCAACGCCGUCGGCUCGAACAAGCCGCCCAACAAGCCGACUACGUCGACCCUGCCAAGACGAGGCAGGCGCAGAAGAAGCAACAGGAGGCUGUAAUCAACGAACUAAAAACGAAAUCGCAAGCCGUCGGGGAGAAGAAACUUCUACACCAAGACGAAGUAUACAACGGAGCCCUAGAAGACAUCCUGCACGGGCUCAGGAGCGAGCCCUACCGGCGCGCGGACGCCGUGCGGCGCUCGCACCGCCGGCGCAUCAACUCGCACAGACUCUCUAAGGGACUCGAGGAGCUAGACGUAUGAUACGAACCCACCUCCAGUGAACAACUGGAAAACGCCUCUGUCCUAGACGCUGUCAGAUCAAUAAACGCGCGCUGCGAUGACAAAUUAAAGAAAAAGAAGAGAAAAGACCUAGAAAUGGUGCAUAAGAAACAGACCAUAGCCAUCUACAACAUCGAUGAUGAUUUCUCCGAUUUUACGUCUGGUAACACCGUCCGGAAACACAGAUCGUCCCCCUAUAGAGUCGCCCCGACCGAAUGCGAGGUCGAAGAGCGAUGCGAUCUUAUCAAAUCGACGUAUGACGUCAUUUCGAAAUAUACGCGAGCGAUGUUCGACAAGCAAAACGAAACGGUCGUCUAAACGUGCCUAAUAGUUAAUAAAGUUCAUCUAAGCUCGGGUUGACCUUGGAACAGAGUGUGGAAACUCCGUCAUAAAUAUGAAAUUACCCUUUGAACGCCUCGCCUAUCGUGCACGGCGCAUCAUUGUAAACCUUAUCGGGAUGCAUGAAGGUUGAUAAUGGGCUGUACCACGUUGGCGUCUUUGGCGGUCAAAAAGUUAAAUGAAUAAUGGCGUACCACAUUUUGUUACUGUCAAAUUAGCUUAUACGGACUCUACCCCCGCUUGCACUCGGGACAGUGUUGCAAGCCUUAAAAAAUAACCCUAUUUAUUUUAUCGUUGGUAAAACCACUUUUUAAUAGUUAGCGGAGCUAACAGAAAUCUAUCGCGAGUGCAAUUGGGAUUCAUUUGAUACGCCUGAAUUUCAUUCCAUUACUAAUCACGAAAAUAUUUUGCUACGGACAAUUUACUGUUUAUUUUGAUACACACGCUUAGCUUUAGACUUUUUUGUAGCGCCCGGCUCUAGUGCUAUCUCUCGCUCGCACAAUACAAAAAGAGAGACGGCAUCAUAGACCAAAUGGGUAACUUAGUCCCGCUAGUUAACGGCCUUUAACAUGUUUACGCACAUUUUUGUAAGCGUAUUUUGAAUGUAAUUUCUACUAUUUAUAAUCGUGUAAGUAAUAUUACAGUGUCCUUAAUAUGUAUUUACUACGUAUACAUAAAUAUUAAACGCAAGGUAUCUUUCGUAUAAACGAAUUCGUAUAAAAUUUACUAUAUAUGCAUUUAUAUAUUCAUAGCAUUUGUAACAAUAUUGUGAUAGUUCAAAAUAUGUAGCAUUUACUCAUUGAAUUUUCAUAACAUCAACUGGUUUGAGUGUAGAAAAUAUACCUUAAUUUAAUUGUUUAAAUUCUUAUAUUUUUAUAUGAUAGUCCACAUCAGAAAAGAUCUUAGCUAAAAGCCCUAAUCAAUGUGCAGCCAGCCGCAUACAAACAUAAAAAAACUAUAUACGAUGAAUUUCGUAUAACUUUGCUGACUGUACUUGCGCAAAUAUUACCUCUCGCUUCGUAUUUUAGGGUAUUUGGUAUUUAGUUAACUACUUUGCUAGAAAGUCGUCAAUGUCCAGAUUUGAGCAAUGUAUAGUUUUUUUUGAGAUGGAUUCUCAUUUUUAGUACCUAUUGCGUAUUUUUGAGACAUGACAUAGAUUGUAAUUAUUUAUAGAUUUCGAUUCCAAUUAGAUUAAGUGUAAUAUAAAUAUGAGAAUUGUUCAACAGGCUUCUGAUUUUGAAAUAUAUAAUGAUUAUAAUUUGGUAUAUCCGAAAGUAUUCUAAUUUGUUACGAUCUGAAUUGCAUCUCGAAUAAGUUAAUUUUAAUUAAUUUAUAUAUUUUGUGUAAAUAUUUGUUUCGUUUUUGCAAUAGUACCAAGUUUUAAAACAUUUUAUUGUAAAUAUAGUAUUUUCGUAUAAAUAUUGGUUGAAACUGAAAUAGAUUUGAGUUUACACACUUUAUUAUUUUAAGUAUAAAUUAUAUGUUAUUAAUAAUAAACAAGUUGGUACUUUUGCAUAAUAAUUGUAAUUCGUAUUAAUAUUUUAUGAAUAUAAUUUAAUAUAUCACUCACUAAUUUUUUUUUUUAAGCUGAGUAUCUACAUAAUAGGUGCAAAUUGACAAAUAUUCCCGACAUCUGCGGGAAAAAGGUGUUCAUGUUAUUAAGAUCGUGUCAUUCACGAAGACGCGUGGCUUAACUCGUAUUGCCAUGUUAUUAAAGGUUAGAUUUGGCAAAUCUGCGCGUCAUCCUGGAUGACACGAAUUAUACUUAGCUGUAUACAAUCGAUUUGCGUGCAAGUUGAUUGCUAUAAGAAGGUACAUACAGGUAAUGGGUUGGCUAGUCAUAUUAAAAAACUAUAAGAUUAAGUGAUCAUAGACAUAUCGGAACAAAUACAGAACUACCCUACUUGUAAUUGAUAAAAGAGUUAGAACAUCUUUUCAAAUGGAAUCUCUAUUCAGAGGCGGCGUUAGGCGUGGGCGAUGUCGGCCACCGCCUACGGCCUCGCGCCUCAAAUAGGUAUAUCUCGGACACAACGUAAAAAAUUAAAAAUGUUCGUUAUUUCUUGCACCACCAGAGGGCCUCGUUAAAUGUACCUUUUGGUCUCGCCCCACACUGCCUCUAUUAAUGUGCUCCUUUAUACGAACUGAAACUUUUACUAUCGUAUUAUUAUUGGUUGUUGGAAAUGCCUCACUCUUACCUCAAAUAUGUCCACUUUGAACGUUACGAUGGUUGGUUCAAGGAAUUUUAAUCUCUUCAAUAACAGGCAGGCCACUUUUGAAAUACAUACGCUUUAAAACUCGCAAGUUUCUUGUAUAGCAAUCAACGUGCACUGAACGGUAUAAAAGGUGCUUUUCGCACAACUAUUCUGGCUUACUUUCAAAACGUAGUAAACAACUAAGUCAAUGUAAAAAAAAAAGAAGUUUAACACAUUCACUUUCAGCGCGAGCUACGCAUGUAGCCAACACAGGAAAAACUGUGUGUAGCGAAAAGCGUCUACACACAGGUCGGUGACUGUUAAUGUGUUAAAAAUAUAAAUUAAUACAGGGUUUGUAUCGGACGACGCACAUAAGUUGACGGUUUAGGGAUUUCAGAAACCACCUAUUUGAGUAAUUAUUAAUUACUAUUUAGUAAUAAUUAAUUAAUUGCGGUUUUGUGUCAAGUUAUGUUUCAAAGGUUAUUGCGGCCCUUUUUUAUUGCAGUUGUGGUAAAUACUUCUGUUGUCAUUUUACUUUGAAAUUUUUAAGUUAAAUAACGUAUGUAAUCUUGGAGAUUUCAACAUAAAAUAUAACAUUAAGUGCAACAAUUUUAUUAAUAUAAUGAAACCGUUUAUAACCAAUUACCGAUGUCCUUUUGGUCAAGGCGUUUAAAAAAAUAAUGUAAAGUAUGUCCACCAUCACGGCUAAGUUUUUUGUUUGUUAAAUUUCAUCAAAAUUCGUUUAGCCAGCAGCAACCAGCAGUUUAACCACAUCUGUAGUAAAAAUGAGCAGUUUUGGUAGAAGUUUAUGAUAAUGUUUUUGUAUAGUUAUAUUCGUAUGUGAUGUAUACCUGAGAGUUUUAAUUGGUUCUUCAUAGUUUGUAUCGCAUGUACGCUAGUGUUAGAAACAGUAUUCAGUGAUGCAAUAAAACAUACAUUUACAGUAA